AUGUUAAAACCACCCGUCCAUUCAAAGCUUUCCCCCGUUGCGGCUAAUUUUGCAGCAACAGGUGUUUUGCUGGACAAUCCUCGAGUGGAGCGAUACACUGAAUAUCGCAAACGAGUGCUCGAGCAAAUUCGCAGCUCAAAUGGUGGAUCCCGCACCGUCACCAAUCCAAAAAUGCGUCGCACAAGUUCACGCAGUGGCAGCAUUCAUGAAGGUUCGUCCAGUAGCAACAGCGAGAACGAAGAACGCCAGCAGUGCGAAGAAUCCAGCGACUGUGAUUCAAAUUCGGACAGUCAGUCAUCUGUGACCCAAACUGCCAGUGCAUCAGCACCCAAUUCUAGCGCCAAUGUCAAUACCCAAAAUUCCGUAUCAACCUCGGGUGGCAUUGUCAAAGAUGCAGCAUACUAUGAACGUCGCCGAAAAAACUAUGCCGCAGCAAAGAAAUCCCAUGACCGUCGCCGCAUCAAGGAAGACGAGAUCGCCAUUCGUGCCGCUUAUCUGGAACGCCAAAACAUCGAAUUAUUGUGCCAAAUCGAUGCCCUCAAAGCGCAGUUAGCCGCCCUUACAUCAAAAAUGUAA